CUGGCGAGUUCAUAAACUCACACAGCUGGCACGAGCCGUUUUCGUAACCUAUUAUUCAAUUUGUCGAACUUUUCGGGCUUCUUAGAAUCCUAUAAAACAGUUUAAUUCGGCAUCAGCAUCGAACGGUUGCAGCAUACUCGUCACGUGCCUAUGUUUUGAAAAGUAGAACACUUCUGCGAAAUGAAGAGAAAAAUUCAGUUGCUCAACAUUUGUGUAACGCGUAGUUACGCUCAAAGUAAUUUUACGGCCGGUCCCAAGCGGGCAAGGAAACAAUUUUCCAAAAAGCUAAUAAAGCUGGAAAAAUCAAGCGUUUUGAAACCUAACCAAACAUCUUUAACCUCAAACUACGAAACCUGCAAGGCACAGAAUGCUUCCGAUGAAUCUCAAACUGAGAAACCAUCCUUAACACGUGUCAACGAACUCAAUAUGCAAAUGCUAUCAAAAGGUUUGUAUGAACAAUUGUUUAAAAAUGAUUCGAUCCAUUGCCCGUCCAAGCAAGAGCUUACAUCUCUGAUGAAGGAUUUGAAUAAAUUUGGAAUAAACAUUGAAGACUCGACACGUCUGGAAGAUGUUUCAAUGAAGCUGCCAGCCUUGGAAGGUAAGAAUUUAGAAGAGCAUUUUUACAAUAUUGCAAAAGCACAGAUCGAACCCUAUUUGAAUAUAAUAAACGACAUAGUAAAAGAAAUUCCGGAGAUGCCGAAAGAGUGGAUUUUCCAAGAAGGUUGGACCAGAUAUACGGACACAGGGGCUGACAGAGUCGAUUAUCCUCUAGAAACGGGGCUCGUAUUUGACGUAGAGGUUUGCAUGAACGCUGGACCUUUUCCUACGCUGGCCACAGCCGUUAGCCAGAAAGCCUGGUACAGUUGGGUAUCCAAAUCGUUGAUACAUAGAAGCAGCAUGCCAGCAGGAAGUCAGAAGCUUACUACGGAUUUGCUGAUACCAUUGGAGAGUAAUAGCAAACAAUAUGGUGGUACAUUGAACGAUCUACAAAAAUUUCCAAAGAUGAUAGUUGGUCACAAUGUUUCAUACGACAGGGCCAGAAUCAAAGAGCAAUAUUGGCUCAAUUGUACAGGUACAAGGUUUCUCGAUACAAUGUCUAUGCAUGCUUGUGUCAGCGGUAUGACCAGCUAUCAAAGAGCUGUAAUGAAAGCCAACAAACCAAUUUCGGACGACGAAGAAUGGAGGCAUUGCAGCUCGAUGAAUGGUUUGGCUGACGUACAUGAAUUGUACUGUGGUGAGAAAUUGAGCAAGAAGAUGAGGGAUAUUUUUGUCGAAGGGACGCUGUCUGAAAUCCAAGAUAAAUUCCAAGAGUUAACUACUUAUUGCGCUUUGGAUGUUCAAGCGACACACAGAAUUCUACAAAAGUUGUUUCCAAUGUUUGAAGAAAGAUUUUCCCACCCAGUAACACUUGCUGGUAUGUUAGAACUGGGCACCGCAUAUCUACCUGUAAACUCAAACUGGGACCGAUAUUUAGAAGAAUCUGAUCUGACGUAUGAAGAUUUGGAUAAUGAAACCAAGCAUAUAUUAGCAAAAAAAGCUGAUGAGGCAUGUAAGCUGUUGCAUAAUGAAGAUUAUAAAAGGGAUCUUUGGAUGUGGGAUGAAGAUUGGAGUACGCAGUCUAUAAAAUUGAAGUCUUCGCUGCCUAAGGCCAAAUUGAGAGAAAUCGAAAAGAUCAAAUCUAUGGAAACGAAGGAAUUGUCGGAUAUUGAAAAAUAUCUAACUGAUGGCGAAGAUGAAGUCGAUUCUCUAGAAGAGAAGUUUGCGUAUCUCAAAGAUACUAAAUAUCUCUUACCUGCUCGGAUGCCUCAUAAACCAGGUUAUCCAGCCUGGUACAGAAAAUUGUGCCCUAAGAGAGGUGAUGCAGAUUGGACUCCGCAUCCCCAAAAUAUAAGCACAACCAUGAAGAUAACUCCAAAGCUGUUGAAAUUGACUUGGGAAAAUUACCCUCUACAUCACAUCAAAGAACAUGGAUGGGGCUUUUUAGUACCUCAUAAUAAUGAGACGGAUGUUGAAACAAAAAUACCAUUGAAAGAAUUAUGUGAACAAUGUCCAUUGUUGAAUAGCGGUGAUAGAGAUAGUGAUACAGAUUAUUUGAUGGAAAAUCUUAGAGCUGAAGUGCAGGACGAUUUGGGUAAAACCGAUUUCUGGAGAUAUAAAAAAGUUGCAACUCCAGUCAAAGAUAUCUACAAAGGUACUGGAGUUUGGUGCAACAUCGAUGUAGAUGGCUGCUGUUGGUUCUUUAAGCUGCCGCAUAAAGAUGGAAAGUCGCACAAUGUUGGAAAUCCACUAGCGAAAGAUUUUCUCAACAAAUUUUCAGAGAAUAUUUUGAGCGGUCCUGAUUCGAGUGCACAAAAAGUUUUGAAAAUAGCUAGGAUGCUCUCGUAUUGGCGUAACAAUAGAGGCAGAAUAUUUUCGCAGACAGUUAUAUGGCUCGAUAAACGAGACAUGCCACGUAGAUCGAGGAAGCCAUCGCAAGACGAUUUGUUUAUUAAUCACGAUUCGAGUGACAUGCAGUACGGGGCAAUCGUACCUCAAGUUGUAGUUUCUGGAACUUUGACUCGUCGAGCUACCGAGUCAACUUGGAUGACUGCGUCGAAUGCUCACAUAGAACGUGUCGGCUCCGAGUUACGUGCAAUGAUACAAGCACCACCUGGAUACAACAUUGUUGGUGCUGACGUAGACUCGCAGGAACUUUGGAUAGCGUCUAUUCUUGGGGAUGCAUACCGUGCUCGAAUUCACGGCGCCACACCUUUUGGUUGGAUGACAUUGAUUGGCAGUAAAACGAACGGGACGGACAUGCAUAGUGUAACGGCAAAGGCAGUUGGAAUAUCGAGAGAUCAUGCAAAAGUAAUAAAUUAUGCGAGGAUAUAUGGCGCUGGUCAAAAAUUUGCCACUGGACUGCUGAAGCAGUUUAAUCCUUCGAUGCCGGAAACAGAAGCUAUUUCAAAAGCUAAGAAAAUGUUCACCAUGACAAAAGGAAACCGUGUUUUUCGAUUGAAACAAGAAUACAUCGGCAAAGAUAUCGAGGACAUACCUUUCCCCAGCUAUAAGGCUUUACGGAUAGCACAACUUCAUGGGAAAACCGUUCAAGAGAUGUUCGGAAAUAAUAAAUGGGUCGGUGGCACGGAGUCAGCCAUGUUCAAUCGGCUUGAAGAAAUUGCGGGGAGCUUAAGACCUGUAACACCAUUUCUAAACUGUCGACUAAGUCGAGCUUUAGAAUCUGAAAGCGGCGGAAAUGAUAAAUAUUUGCCAACCAGAGUGAACUGGGUUGUUCAAAGCGGAGCUGUCGACUUUUUACAUUUAAUGCUAGUGUGUAUGAGGUGGUUGAUGAAGGAUAGAACUCGUUUUUGUCUCUCGUUUCAUGAUGAAAUUAGAUAUCUGGUUCCUUCUAAGUACAAGUAUAACGCCGCCUUAGCAAUGCACAUGACAAACUUGUUUACCAGAUCAUUUUGUGCUCAUAGAUUAGGAUUGAACGACUUACCUAUGUCAGUAGCCUUCUUUACCUCCGUCGAAGUAGAUACUGUUUUGCGAAAAGAGUCAAGUCAUGAUUGUCAGACACCGUCCAAUCCCCAUGGAUUGAAAAAUCGUUACGGAGUACCGAUCGGUGAGAGUUUAAAUGUACAGCAGUCAUUAGUUAAAUCUGGAGGAUCUGUUCAUCCUGAGCAUGAAUCGCAUACUAAAAAGGAGAAAUUGCAAAAAUGAUUGAAAAUCAUUGUAUAAAAUAUUAGCGUUUUUUCA